AUGAUAUCAGACACUGUCAAGAUCGUUCUGGUCGUGGUCUCUCCUGUCGUUUUCUUCUCAUCACUCGUGGUGAUAGGCCUCCUCAUUCGCCGGCGCGUCAACAAGCGCUCUCCUCCCCUGCUCUCCGCCCAAGCCCCGCACGCCGAGACCCUCGCAGCGGACUCCUCUGCCUCCAAUGAUCCCAAUCCAGGGAUACUCGGUCCAAGCGUCGAGCUGCCUGCACACUCCGAGAAAGUCAUCUCGGUCCGUCGCCUCUCGGCCUACCCGCACAUGGACGAGAUCCGCCGCGUCAGCUCGGUCGUCUCCACACUGGGGGACGUGACUGCGGUGCAGCAAGAGCGGACGCGGCGGGGAUCGACCGCUAGUAUCUCGAUUGGAGGUGGCGACGUGGCGACAACGCUCAUCGUCACGGAGAUGGGAGAUGGGCAUGUAGGUGUGGAGAGGCGACCGUCCAUCCCCGAGGCCCAUGAUCUCCCUGCGUCGAGUUCGACCCGGACUCGAGCCGGGUCCGCCUCUACCAGCUCAGCAACCAGGGACCCUGGAUCACCGCAAGACAAGCGCUUCUCGAUGCACCUAUCCUACAUCGUCCCAUCAACAAGUAUGUCCCCCUCUGAGCUGAUGGAGACGCUCACUACCCCUCUUCCGCCCAUGUCUGCAACCCCUCAUCCCCGCUCCCCGACGAAGAAGAAAGAGCGCCCCGACUCGAUCGAGCUAGCUAUGGCCCGAUCUCCUACUCUGGUCUCCCACCACCAUCCUCCACCCGCCCCACCGGCCAUUCCCGUUCUCGCACCCAAAGCCGAAUCGCCGCAUACCGAUCCCGGGCAAAUCUUCAAGGGCUGGGAAGGAUUCUCAUCCUCUCCUCCUUCGGCGGUCUCGCGAGGUGCCGAUGGCGAGCUACCGCCCAGACGGAGCAGCCUGGACGGGAAGCAGAUCGCCAAGCUGGUCGCUGGAAAGACGGAGAAGGGGCCAGAAGGAGAGGUGGAAGCGGAAACGGUAGAGAUUGUGCUAUCCCCUGCGCGAAUCGCGCUCCCCAAGUCCCCCGACCCGUGA